UGUUACCCUUGCCACUCACCCCUGGACGCACGGGUGCCACGUGUACACGCCGCCGCCUCAGGAUCAGGGCGCCUCUGCUGCUGCUGAGGUGCCCUGGAAGGACUGCGGGCCGCUGCCCGCCACCGGCUGGGGUGAAGCCAGCCUCGCCGCCCAGCGCGCGAUUCGAAGCCUGGUGGCGGAGUGGCAAUGCUGCGACGAGCGGCUGGCGCCCGACAAACCGAACACCGGCGUGUUUCUGGUGGAACGCAACCAGAAGGGCGGCUGGGCCAUAAAGGACUUCGCCAAGGCGCACCCAGCCAUGGCGCGGGAGAUAAAGAGCCGCUCCAUUCCCAGGCGCGUUGAGGUGGCUUUCGUGACCGACCCCUGCCACCCCGUGUACAACAAUCACAUCGUGGAGGGGCGCAUGGAGCCCAAACAACGCAUGCUGCUCUUCACGGAGGACCUGCCGGAGAAUACCCUGCUGUCCGCGUACUUUGGGACUGUCAAAACGGAGGGUGAGAACCACGCGGAGCUGGUGUCGGAUGAGACCUGCGAGCGGCAGCUGGAAGAUGCCUACUCCCACGACUUCUGGUUCACGGAGCACUUUGAGAGCCAGGCUCGGAAGCUGCUGGUGGCGGGUGACACGCGCCGCUGCAUCAUGACAUACGCCAACGAGAAGAAGUUCUGGCGGAGGUGUGGAGGCCAGCAGCGGGCCGGCGGUGAGACGGGGAGUUGCAACUGCCACAAGUAUGAAGGACGCCAAGAGAAUGCAACCAACAAGCAGGGCAUAGUCAAGUGGUUUGACUCGAGCGGCACCGUGCAGUACAUGCCGCUCAUGCUCUACCACACGCUGCGACCCGUGCGGAGGGCGGAGGAGGUGCUCCUGCACUGGGACGUGACCGGGUCUUACUUCAAAGUGAUGGAGGAGCGCUCCAAGACGUUCGCGUUCUUCAAGGACCGGCAGCUGCAGUACGAGCGAGUGGUUUCGGAGCUGGCCGAGGAGCGGUCCAGAGGCGAGGAUCUGCGGCGCAUCCUGGAGCAGCAGCUCAAGGAAAGGGACGCGAGCAUUGCUUGCUUGAAGGCGGGCCUCUCCAGUUGGCAGCAGGGCCUGCCGCAGCCUGAGCUCCGCGAGCUGCUGCGGGAGGUGGGGGAGCUGCGGCAGCGGG